GAAAAAACAACUUAUUCUGCAUUAUCGUAUUAUUUUUAUCAUCCGUAAACAAUUGUAAAUUUUUUAUACAUUUUGUCAUAUUAUAUUCUAUAUAUAAAUGUUUGUCAUUUAACAUAUCGUUAGCAUUUAUCUGGUUUAAGUUUAUAUAGAAGUUUUCACGAGGUUUUGACCAUUAAAAUACUACGUUCCUCGUUUUUUAUACAAAUUCCUUGGAGAAACAAUAAAUAUGAUUGAACCAGAACUAUGGGGAAAAUCUUCAACUUUUCUAUCUUCAGUUCAUCUAAAGAGCUUGACUGAAAUAAAAAACUCCCUUAAAUGGAAAAAUAAUGAAUCCAUCUUUGAAUUUGGAAUGGGCGAUGGCAGUAACUCAAAAAGUGUACUGUUUCCCAUACUACCUGAUAAUUACAAGGAGUUUAUUGGUUCAGAUGUUAGCCGUCGAAUGGUUGAGUAUCUGAGGCGAAAUAGUACUGAUCCGAGAGCAAGAUUUGUUCUCUUAGAUAUUUCAGCCGAUUCCAUCCCUAAAGAAUUUGUUAAUCGGUUUGAUCAUAUUUUUGGAUUUGCUGUCAUGCACUGGGUGAAAGAUACGCGAAAAGCUUUGAAAAAUAUGUACAAAAUGCUGAAACCUGAAGGACAAAUGCUUCUAACCUACGCAGAUGAAACAUCCGCAGACGAAGUAUAUUACGAGUUUUCUUUACAUCCAAAAUGGAAAAAAUAUGAUCAUACGAAAUUAAUUUCACCUUUCUUUAGAAGAAAAAAUGUAAUGGAGGAGUACAACAAGCUAUUUGAAGAAGCUGGAUUCAAAGAAAUUAGCAGUACAGUUGAACAACUGGCUUCAAAGUUGACGGAUGAAAAUAUGUUUUAUGAUUUUUGUAUUAGUAUAAAUCCCAUUCUAAGUAUGGUUUCCAACGAAGAAUAUGAAGAAUAUAAAGAUGAAUAUAUUUACCGAAUGAAAAAUAACAAACUAAACAAAACUAUGAAGUGUCCGAAGACCGGAGAAAUUUCUUGUUACACUAGUGCAGUUAUUACUAGCGUUCUACUGGAAAAGUUAUAAAAAAUAGAAUUGAAAGUUGUAGAAUAUUUUACUAGAAAAUAAACGAAUCUGAUUUGACAGAAA